AUGCAAACACUCUCCAUGCCUUCUACGCCCACAAAACCGUUACAUUCUGUUGCUCAACAACAAAUUGCUGGCAUGCCAUCUUUCUGUGGUUCAGAACAGAAUAAUGGGGCCGGAACCCAUCCCCACCAUAAUUUAUUCAUGAUGAACGAUUAUCGUCAAGAAAACAACCCUCAUGGUCCGAAUACUCAUGGCCCACCAAGACUUCCUGCCAAUAGCAACCACAUUUGGGAUCAAUGUUACAGUUUGCCAACUAACCCACAAAUGAGUUCCUUCAUUCCCAGCAAUAUCAUGGAUGAUCUUUGUUUGUCUCCAACUAAGGUAUCAGCUAGCUCUGGUUAUUCCCCAUUUGGAGGAGCUUCCAAGUCUAUUUUUAAUGGAAAAACAGAAUCAUUUCAUCAUACAGCAAGAAAGUUAGAUUUUGACAAUGUUCCAUCAACUCAUUCAUCCUUGUUUUCCUCUCCAACUUCCCAAGUUGCUGCUUCUUCAAUUCAACAACAGGUAAGACAGAACGCAAACAGUUAUGAACUUUUUACUGAUAAUGGAAAGGGAUCUUUUGUGAAACCAAGUAUAGAGUAUAAUCAAACCCAAUUGUUCAACAAGAGUGUUCCCAACUCCUAUCAUACCAAUUAUCAUCCGCAAUCACAACCAACCUGGAAUAAUUUCCAAAUGGCAGCUAGUGCACAGCCAAUUCAAAUGUACAGUAAUACUGGAGUUCAGUACAGACCAUACCCAAUCCAACCACCAUUUUUGGAAAAUGGUGGACAAAAUCCUCAUUUCCCUUCAAAGAUUCCAUAUGCUCAACCAAUGCCAAUUUGUGGUUAUCAAGCAAUAGGCACUGAUGUUAUGUCACUAACCAACUCUUUUCACCAAUGUACCUUGUCUGACAACGAAUUGAUGCCACCACCACCUCCUGUAUUUUCAAAGCCUGGAAAUCAAAGCAAACUGAGAAGAUCUUCUUGCAAUAGUAAUUCCUCUUGUGGCUUGCUCUUAACUGAAGAUGAAAACCUAAACAAUCCAACCAUCCAUCAUGCCCGUGCUUCUUCUUCUGGUAGCGUAGAACUAGAUGGUUCUAAUUGGCAUGAGCCAUUCGAGAAAGCUAUGCAAACCAAUAACUUACAUCCUAAUGGUUACAGCAGUGUUCCUAACUCGCCAUCUCGUCAUAAAAGAAAUGGUUCAAGUGGCAGUAACAAUGCAAGCAACGUUGCAACAUUAUCAAUCAACACUAAUUUGGUUACAAACAGCUCAAAUGAUAGCUCCACUCCAACAUCCCCAUCUAAGAAAGAAUCAGUGGAUGACAAACAAGCAUUUAAAGAUGUUCAGUUACUACUAAAAUCUAACGAAAAGAUUGGUUAUGAAUCAUGUAGAAAAAUCUUAAUCAAUCACCUCUACGAUCCUAAAUGUAAACUAGGUUCUCAUAUGCACUGGAGAGUUCAUAUGGAUCUAGCAGACCUUGCUAAAAGAGAAAAUCUUUUAAACGAUGCAAGAAAAGAGUUCAGUAUGGUGAACAGAAUGCAACCAACAGCAAGCCAAGGAUGGUUGGAACACGCCAAACUCGAAGAAGAGAGUGGAAAUUAUGAAAAAUGUGGCAAAUUGUUAAUUGAAGGACUUGACAAGUGUAGGAACAAUGAGUCACUUCUAGUGAAGGCAAUCAAGCAUUUCGAACAAGUUGAUGAUUUAAACACUGCACGUAGUAUUCUUGGCAAACUUAAAGGUCAAAAACCUGAAACUUGUUGGAAAAUUCUUCUAGAAGGGGCUCUAUUAGAAUCUCGUGCUAAUAACGUUGAUGUAGCUAGAAAGGUUUUCAAAUAUUUAAUGAAAAAUGUUCCUCGUCAUGGCCCAAUUUACUAUGAAGCAUUCAAAUUGGAGGAAAAGUGUGAGCAAUUUGAACAAGCUCUAAAUAUUGUAGAGCAAGGUCUAAUAGCCAAUCCCCGUUAUGGUCCUUUGUGGUUUGCAGCUUUAAGACUUUAUGAAAGGAAAUAUGACAAAGCGUAUGAUAUCGAGACAAAAGAGUCUUGUUUAAAUGACGUAAGACAAUGUAUUGCAAGAGCAGCCAAAAACAUUAGUAAGGAAUUGAAAUGGAAAGUCUAUUUUGAAUUGGCACAAUUCGAAGAGAGAGCUACUAAUUUACAACUUGCUCGCAAAGCAUACAGUAAGAGUGCUGUUAAGGCGUUGGAAAAUCUAAGAUGGAAAGUAUGGUUAGCAGGAUCAAGAACAGAGCUCAAUGCAGGAAACAUUGAAAUAUCUAGAAUGUUAUUGAACAGAGCAUUGCAAGAGGUUCCUGCUAAAACUAAAGCUGUUGUUUUGAUUGAAUGUGCCCGUCUCGAAGAAUUUUGUAAUAAUUUAGAAAAGGCAAGAGAAUUUUUGAAUAGAGCCAAAUACGAAGCAAAACAUGAAUGGAAGGUGUUUUUGGAAAGCAUCCUUCUUGAAAUGAGAGCAGGAGAUACUGACAAAGCAACUAAUGAAGCUAAGGAAGCUUUGGAAAUUCAUAGAGGGACAGGAAGACUUUGGGCUGUUCUUAUCCAACUUAAACAUAUGAAGGGUGAUAUUGCUGAGUGUUAUCAAGUUUUCAAAGAAGCUCUCGAGGAAGUUCCUAAGAGUGGUGAAGUUUGGUGUGAAGGUGCCAGAAUUGCUCUUAAUCCUUUAUCUCCAAAAUUCUCUUUGGAAAAGGCCAAAAGAUAUCUCAAUUUUGCUAUCAAGUUUACUCCUCAAUACGGAGACAGUUUCAUUGAGUAUCUCAGAUUGGAAUUACUUACCAGAGGGCCAUCUGUUCCAAGUAGUGCUGCUGCACCAACCAGCUCUUCAGUAACUAAUAGUACUGUAGCGAUUCAGGAAUAUAUUGAGAACAUGUGUGUCAACGCUGAUCCUAACUAUGGGCCUCUAUGGUUCCAUUGCAAGACUCAUCCUUUGGAUUCUACUAAACAAGUUCUCAGAAGAGCUAAGGACAUGUUAAUGGCUGAAUUAGUUCAACAAAAAGAAAUUUAUCAAAGAGCUAUUAUGAAUAGGCACUGUAAGAAAUCCAAGAAGCCUUCCUAUAACACUUGCAGAUCGUCAGAUAUCAAAAAGUUCAUCACUGGUUUGUGUGCUCUCAAUCUUAUGUAUAAUAAUCAUAACUUGAGCUUUGAAAUGAGGAAGAAGUAUAUCUACCUGAAUGAAAUAUCUGUCUAGUUAUUAAUAAAGAAGCUUCCUUUUU